AUGACCUCGUUUGCAAAUGAAGCCGCUUGGCUAGAGGGCCCCAAUAUCCAAGCUCUCAAAAUCGGACCCGGACCAGCACCAAAUCCCGCCGAGAAUGAAGUCGUGAUCAAAGUCGUUUAUGCAGCUGUCAAUCCCGUCGACUGGAAGUUGCAAGGCGCCCCAGUCGGCUAUCUCGAAUAUCCCACCAUACUGGGCACCGAUGUUGCGGGCGUUGUUGUGCAACUCGGGUCCAAGGUUACCCAGUUUGAGCUCGGUCAGAGAGUGACUGGUCACUGCGAUGGAUUUCUCUCCAAGAAACAGACCAAUAUGGGAUAUCAGCUUUACAGCACCUGCAACGAGAACCUUGUAACUCUCGUCCCGGACUCGCUUCCCCUCGUCAACGCCGUUGUUCUCCCCAUCGCAGUAGACACUGCUGGAACAGCUCUUUACGUCCAUCUUGAGCUUCCACUCCCUACAUUGGAGCCUGCGCCCAUUCCGAAGAGGAUUCUUCUAUGGGGAGGGGCUUCCUCAGUUGGCAGCUCCGCAAUCCAGCUCGCUGUAGCAUCUGGUCUUGAGGUCAUUACGACAGCAAGCAAGGCAAAUCACGAAUAUGUAAAGAGUCUCGGUGCCUCCCAUGUUGUUGAUUACAAGGAUCCCAACGCUGUCGAGCAGGUUGUUAGCCUGCUGCAGCCGGGAGAUUACAUCGUCGACUGUAUUUCUACUAAAGACACACAAGCAAAUUGUGGCGAGAUCUUGAGCAGGAUUGGAGGAGGCAAGCUUCUGGUUGUCGAUACUCCUAAGGGACCCUUCCCUGACAAUGUGACGGCUUCUCUUGUUAUCUGCCUUGAUGUUGGCAAUACCGCUGCACAUGUGGGUGAUCAUCUCUGGCACAAGUUCAUACCCUCGGCACUGGCCGCAGGUAAAUUCCAGGCGAAGCCGGACCCUUAUCUGAUUCGGGGUGGUUUGAAUAAAGUUCAGGAAGGUAUUGAUCUGCUGCGAGAGGGAGUAUCGGCAAAGAAGAUUGUCAUUGAGAUUUCAACUGAGUAA